AGAUUUUUAUUGCAGGUCAAAGACAAAGAGAAACCUAUUUUCUACUGCUUUUGAUAGUUCAUAGACAAAGGAAAAAGUGAGAAAGAAAAGAGACAGAAAAGUUAAGAGAGAAAUGAGUAGUGGGGGUUUGGGUUCAGCAGCAGCUUCCUUACAAAGCUGCUUUUCACCAACCACCAGCAGAUAUAGUAGUUAUUCCUAUGCACCCACCUCACUCAUUCCUCGUACCUUGUCUUCCCCAAAUCUCAAGCUCAAAGGUCUCAGAUUUUCUGGACCCAAAGGAAGUCGAAUAUACAGCAAUAGCAGCAACAGACCUGGUGGUGCUGAUGGUGGUUCUGCCUCUGGUGAUAGUGACAGCAGAGGUGUUCUGGAUGCAUUUUUCUUGGGAAAAGCUCUAGCAGAAGCCUUAAAUGAACGUAUUGAGUCUACAGUUGGAGAGUUUUUGAGUGCAGUUGGUAGGCUGCAAGCUGAGCAACAAAAGCAAAUACAGGACUUCCAGGAAGAUGUGUUGGAAAGAGCCAAAAAAGCUAAGGAGAAAGCAGCAAGGGAGGCCAUGGAGGCACAAGGACUAGUUCCGAAGUCUACUAUAGUAGAUACAACACCAGCAACUGAUAGUGUUGAUUCUGUUACUGCAUCAUCAACGGUCAGUGAGAUUAGUGCUGCAAAUCCAUCCUCAUUGUCGAGUCCGACUACCCCCAUGUCCCAGCCAGAUAGAGGUCCUGCUGAUAAGCAGGAACCUGCUUUAGGGGUGUCAAAUGAUGACUGAUUUAUGAGUGUAACCUAUUCUAGAAUAUAAUACAAUAAAUUUGUCUUGUGAUAUAGUUCACCCCACUUUUAAUAAUUGUCUAGUCCACUAAAUAACUACUCAAGUUUGAUUAUGCCAAAAGAAUGGGCCAAACACGAGGAACUCCAUGAAUCUGAUCAGCUAUCUAUACUAGAUGGUUUUUAUACUAAAA